AUGCCGCCGCCAGUAACAACACCAGAGUUUCGGGUGGCGAAGCUCGUGUCUUGCCUCAAGAAGCACCCCGCUGACAAGGAUCGCCUUCUCGCGCGCAUUGAGAAAGGACAGGCCCUCAACAUCAAGGGGGUGCAGUUCACGAUCGAGGAGAUGGAGCUGGCGUUGAUGCAGUACAACGAGUGGACCGACUUGCCCGACGAUGAGAGGCCCUUCCACAUGGGCGAGGCUGCUGGGUCUGGAGAUGCUGCUCCACCAGGCGUCCUUGAUUUCGAUCACCUUCAACUCGCACUUGUGCCAGUGCCAGUGGCGCCACCGCUUCCACCUCCUGCUGACCCGCCCCCCGACGACGUCGCGCCAGCCACGACUACGAGCGACGCCGCGCACCCACCUCAGGGCCUCGAGUGGACAGACUACGAGCUCAGCGCCUUGGAGGGGACGCUCAACGUGUUUCGGGAUCGCGUCGAGGGCCGAUGGUUCGUUGCCCUCUCGACGACGUGCGAAUGGGUGAAGUUGGAGCAGACUCAUAACCUCAGCACAUUCGACGUCGAGUUUGGGUUGGACGGCGCCCCCGCGAUUAUAUUCGAGGUGCUGCCCGAGGGCGUCGACGGUGAUGGGCACGCCUGGGAAGUCAACCACGCGCUUGGAUUCAUUUCGCUCGAGUACACGACCAAGGCAACCAAUGCCAAAGUAUUGAUAUGUAAGGAAGCCAACGAUUACUUCGGGAUAUACUCAUUAUCAGAAGCCGUGUCGCGCCACACCUCCCACGUCGUUCGGAUGAAGACAGGUGUCGGAGGUGCACGAGUCACACUUGUUGUUUUUCGGUUUGGAGUUAAACGUAAGUUCGCCAAUUUUUAUGUCGUAGUGAAGGACGUGUUCAAUAUGCUGGACUUGGGUCGAACUACUGCCAGCGGCAGUGUCUGGGCAGCGAGGUACUGGCCUUCAUGGGAAAAGUAUUUGAAGAAGCUCGGCAUCACGAGCGUCGAGAAGUCCGUGCAGACUGAGCCCGACAGGAAGAAGCAUGGGGACGACCCUACGAGAGUAUUGAAGUGGCCGUCUGUCUCGACAGAGGCCUUGUUUGCGAUGUGUUGUCGCUGGGCAUUUUGUUCGCAGCAGCAGGGUGGCUUCUCGCAGGAGAAGGACCAGGCCUCUGCCAAGCUGAUCAUCGGGACAAUGAUGAAGAUAGCGAUGCGUGGGAGAUCUACGAUACCGCUCUACUUCAAGAACGUCAGGCGAACACCCUUCGGUCAGAUCAUUGGCGACAGAGGCCCGUUCCACGUGAAGAUUGACGGCAGUAGCCUCGACUUGAGCAUCUUCCAGAAGAACCGCAUGAGGGCCGACGGCGUCGAGGCGGUCCGCUUCUGCACGUAUUUGGAGAAGGAGAAUAUCAACGGCCAGGACAUCCGCAUCAUGACGUUCUUGGAGGCCAUCGCGCCGUCGGUCCACUGCAUGAGCACGUACUCCCAGAUCUGCUGGCGAGUAGGCGAGUACGUCGAGAAUGCUAUCAGCACGAGCCUGGACCACGGCCAGCGGUUCGACGACUUCGAAGCCUCGAGCCCAGACGACUGCAACACCUCGGAAGCUCAAGUCGGCCAUGAGAACGCACUGUAUUUGCUCGGCUGCAAGGCCCACAUAGAUCAAUGUGGCGUACAGUUUUUGAGUUCCGCCACCGACAAGUCUCGCGUGAGGGGCAUGGGGCUGCAGAACACCGCCUUCGCGACACCAGAUGGGGUCGCCUGGUGGGCCCCCACGCAGUGCACCCAGCUCCUUGAGGACAUCGCCGACUUCACAGGCCACAGUACCAUGGCGAGCAUCCUGUCCGACGCCGGCGGCGACGCAGCACCCGCCCAGAGGGAUCUGCAGCGCGCCUGGUUGAAGAGGAAGCUAGACGAAUCAGCCACGUUCAAGCCGAAGAAAGUUCGCCGCAAGUCAGCCUUCCAGUGGCUCGCUGCUCUCGGCAACCAGGUCAAGUCAUUCAGCAUCGACGGCGGCCUGCAGACAUACAGCCAGCCAGAGGACAUCUCCACGCGCGAGCCAGCGCUGAAGUGGCCGAGGAUCUCGGCCGCCUGUGACCUCGGAUCGGACGGAGUUAGCGCCCUGAGCUACUGGAUUCACCAGUUGCGAGGCUGCAUCGACGCGAUCCCUGACCCCUCGCACGGUGUUCACGACGACAUGUGCAACAGCCUCAAGUUCGCUGGGUUGUUCGAUCAUUUGCUGUCCGACGUCAUCUGCAUCAACUUCGCGAACGGGCCCUGGUCGGAAGACACCCACUUCAAGCGCAUGCAGCAAUGCCCCCAGGACACGUUUGAGGCCAGCUCCCCUGACAAGAACGCGUUGUUCCAGGAGAUGAUGAACGACAUGUUGGCGGACCCGUCGGCGAAGGACAUCCGUGGUGACGAGGACUGCGGCCAGCUACUGUGGGACGCUAUUCCAGAGAGCAGCCCCUUGGUAAAACGUGGUGGCAAAGCUGUUAUGGGCAGGUUAAUGGAAAUCAAUCGCCGCAUCAGGAAGGAGCUUAACGAUUACAAUGCCAAGAGGUUCUGCGCCCUCACCACGUGCCUCGAGCUCGACCUGCUGAGCAGCCAGGCGGCCUUGAAGAGACUGGACGCGCCUGCCGACGAGAAGACGGCCAACGUUAAGAAGAACACGGACAAAGUCGAGCUGGACUUCGCUAGGGCUUGCCUCAAUCAGAUGGCCAUCGCUGGCAUCAGCAUGCUCGACCCGUCGUGCAAGCGCAAGGACCACAUCAUAUGCCAGGGCACUCUGCAUUGGGACAAGUGGCACAGCAAGCAGAACGCUGAGCUGAGGUCUUGCUUCGUUUCUGCGGACUGGAUCGUGAGUGAGCCCCGCUCAAACUUCAUCGAUGCCAUGUUUGCGGGUUGGGCCGACCUUUGCAAUGAGCGAGUGAUGAAGGAGAGCGGCUUCCACGUCCCGACGACCGUGGCCGAGCUGAAUUCAUUUGACCCUGAGGAUUGCGACGAGGACGAGGACUACUUGGCCUUCACCCUCUUCCACUUGAAUAUGGGCACCACGUACUAUCGCUCGAUGAGGAUGGGGUGGCUGUUGUUGGGACCCUCUUCAAGGUCCGCGCUGUUGACGCGCGGUGGCGACGACGCCAAGGACGCUGCCGCUUAUAUCCGCAGGUGCCGCGACCAGUACGACGAGUGCAUCAACGUCGUGGAGCACACGCCCGACCUCCAGGCCGUCGUCGACCGCCGCGUCUUCAAGCGCGUGUCCGAGGAGCAGGUGUACAGGGUGUUGAAGGAGGCCGACUUCACCAUCACUCAGGACGUCGUGGACUUCUCAAGGAAAAUACACACCAAACUUAUCGCGAGCCAGGUCGACGAGGACGCGUUCAACGUGCAGAAGAAUAUGCCGAAAUACAAGAACCGCCAAGGAAAGAUGAACAUGAUGCAGCACCGUUGGCUCGGCGGCCUCAUGCACGACUGCGUGGCGGUCAUGGCAAGGAAGAAGGAAGCAGGUGACGCGGCCUCGGUGCCAAUGCUUCCGUGCGGGUGCAUGCCCGACUCUGUCGUGGUCAUGUUCCCCUUCAAGGAGAUGGCCAUCCCGAAUGGGGGCGCAGUUUUUGCACCCGUGCGACCUGCUGAUCCUCUAGACUUGUACCAGGCCGUCGUCAGCCUUGAUGAUUGGGAGGGCUGUUGCAUCACGGUGCAAUCACCAUUGACUUUGCGCAGGAGUUGCGGCUUCGGCGGCGAUGCUGGCGCAACCGACCUUGGACGCAUUGGACUCCGCAAGGUCGACGGCCACAGCUUCGAGCACAUCCUCAAGGCGCUGGCCAGAGUUGCGUUCAAUAGCGUGAGACUGCCUGUGUUGCAGAGGCUGGCGGCUCACCUUCGGGUCGGGGUGGAUCCAGGCGCUGGCCUCUUCGGCACCCUGGUCGCCCUGAUCAACAAUAUCUUGAACCCUAUUUCGGAGAGUGCUAUUCUCGAUAUCCUGGCUAAGAGGCCCACGAAGAUGCACUCCAGAGUAUGCGACUCCAUCUAUGACCUCUUGGACUUCGAGGACCAGCUCGUCUGCUUGGACAGGGGCGACUUCGGCAAGCUGCAGGAGACCAGGAAGAGAAGCGAAUAUUCGAAGGAGGUCUUGACUGACUACAUCAAGGAGUACGCCAAGAUGCGCGAGAAGGUCAG